AUGGGAGUGGUGGAGAAGCCCUGGAGAAGGGCGGGGAAGGGGCGGAUCGGCGGAAGGACCCGGGAGACACCUGGACGGGAGGGAGCUGCCCCAACUCGAGAGGCCAGGGGCUGCGACGGCUCUGCCGGAAAACCCAUCCCCGGGCGGCGGCGGGCAGGGCGGAGGACCGCGGGGCGCCGCCCCCGGGGCGGGUCCAGUGCGUGGCAGCGCCCGCCCGCCCGGUGGCGAAGUUUCCAGUCCUGGGAGCGCCGUGGUGCCGGCCGAUCGUCCCCAGACCCAGCCAUGCGGCCCCUGCUGCUCCUGGCCCCGCUGGCCUGGCUGCUCCUGGCCCACGCGAAGGGCGACACCAAGCCGGAGGACAAUCUUUUAGUCCUCACGGUGGCUACGAAGGAGACCGAGGGGUUCCGCCGCUUCAAGCGCUCAGCCCAGUUCUUUAACUACAGGAUCCAGGCGCUGGGCCUAGGGGAGGACUGGAAUGUGGAGAAGGGGAUGUCAGCAGGUGGAGGGCAGAAGGUUCGUCUGCUGAAGAAAGCUCUGGAAAAGCACGCGGACAAGAAGGACCUGGUCAUUCUCUUUAUAGACAGCUAUGAUGUGCUGUUUGCCUCUGGGCCACGUGAGCUCCUGAAAAAGUUCCGGCAGGCCAGGGGCCAGGUGGUUUUCUCGGCUGAGGAGCUCAUCUACCCGGACCGAAGGUUGGAGGCCAGGUACCCAGUGGUCUCCGAUGGCAAGAGGUUCCUGGGCUCUGGAG